UAAAAGAAAAUGAUUUUCGCUAUGUUCGAAUCCGUUGCGUGUAAAAGAAGUGGGUUCAAGCACAACGUGAUCGAUACGUAACCGUUCUAUCGAGUGUAUCCGAAGUUAGCCGAUGAUAGCCGAGACCGGUCGAACACCGACGGAAUUAGCCGAAGCGCAGUGAGCAAACGACGCGUACCGAAGAACGCGGGGUUCUUCUCCGGCUUGGAUUGAAACAGCGUUCGCGUCUACGGGCGCGGUUUUGCGUCUCGAGCUGGCGUUUUACAUGGUAAAAUGUCCUCCCUCGAUUAUCUGGACCUGUGUCGGCUGUGUCUCGUGAAGGACCGUGUUUCGGUACCGAUUUUCGAGGGUGAAGGAGACGUACGGCAAAUAUUUCUCAAAAUCGCCGCCUGUCUACCGGUCAAGGUUACAAGAGAAGACAAGUUACCCAAAAAGAUAUGUGAUGACUGUGUGUAUAAAGUAGAGCUAUUUUAUCAAUUUUGGAAUACAACAGCGAACGCAGAAAAGCAGCUUCUACAAUGGCUAGGAGAAGUCAAUAUAGAAGACAAACAGGGUUAUGUUACCAAUGUUCUCAAUCCGAAUGUAAUGAAACAAGAACAAAGACCAGAGAACAGGUUAGAUGGCAAUGUGAUGCAGCAAGUUGGCGAGCAUCAAAACAAUAUGGGUAUGGGUAUGAUGGAUAACAUGGGCCUGGGUAUUCCUAUGAUGAUAUCCAAUGCUAAUCAGCAACAACAAAUAACCUCAGUUCCUAUGGACACAAGCGGUAAUUCUGUACAACCCGUUCAGGCAGUGCCUGGUCCAAGUUCACAAACCACACAUAACCAAAUAUCACAGAAUCAGUCGAGCUCUACGCAGCAAGAAGACGAAGAAGAAAGUAGCGAAGAUGAAGAGAACUCUGACGACGAAUGUGAUGGAGAUGAAGGCCUACCUGUAAAAGAAGAAAGCGAAGAAGAUCCCAAUAAUAGAACUAUAGAGCCUACCACUUUUGUAAAUGUUUCCUUGGCGUGUGACGAAGCAGGCCCUUCAGGGCUACAGCAGAAAAUCUCAGACAUACCUGAGAUGCCAAUGCCACAGACUGCAGAUGGGGAUCCCAAAACUGGGUACGAGCUCGAUAGCUUCAACUCCCGUGGUAUCUUCAUUUACGACAAGGAGUCGGUCGUGAUGAAGAAGUGGCAGAUCCUGGAGUUCGACGGGAAACCGUACUACGCUUUUGUACCUGAAGGUGAUACACCGUUGUCCGAGGAUGAUAUACCUGAACAGAUAGACGAGACAGGAAACGCGGACGAGGAUAAGAGCAUCGUCAAGGUCGAAUGCCUCUACGACGAGGACUUGCAGUACGAUUCCUUGGAUGAGAAACUCUACGAAGAGAAGCAAUUGUUGAACUGUAGUACCGAGCAAAGGGACGACGAAGAGGAUGACGUCAAACCCAUCAUCCUCAACGGGACCAUCGAUUCCGAGAACGAUAAGGAAAUCGGAGAUUUGUACCAAGUGAAGGUCCAUGGAAGCAUGGUGACCAUAGAGAAACUGAUGUCUAACGAGGUGGACGGAAAGUCCAUUGAAUACCAACAGGAAGAACCAGAGCAAGAGCAAGAAGAACAGGAUGAGCAAGAAGUAUACAACGAUCAGGAACAGUUGGAACAGAUCGAUCAGGUGGACCAGGAUGCAGAAGAGCAAGUAGAGUAUCUAGAAGAGGAGAUCCUCGAAUCAGUGAACAACCAUACGUCUCCCAUGAAAACUCGCAGAAAGUCGUCCAAGACCUCGGCUGGUGCUUUGAAAUGCAAGGUCUGUUCGGAGAUGUUCAGUUCCGCCAUAUCCUUCAGGAAACACGUGGCUUGGACUCACAAGAAGAAAGUAUGCAUCCAGGAGGACGGUGCAUACAUCUGCGCCGUCUGCGACUACAGGACCCUGAAGAAGAGUCUCUUCGCCGCACAUUUGGAAAGGAAACACGAGACCUGGUCGAGGAAGCGACCCAACAACAUGCUCUUCCCUUGCGCCGCCUGCGGAUUCGUCUGUCGGUCCAAGCACUCGUUGCAGUCGCACUUCAUCAGGAAGCACACCGACAGAUACGAGCAUCAGUGUAAGUUCUGUCCUAAGAAGUUCAAGGUGAAGGGCGACCUGACGAACCACGUGCGAUUCCAUCAUAAAGAAAAGCCGAUCAACUGCGACGUCUGCGGUAAACUUUGCCAGAACAGUGGCUCCCUCUACGUCCACCAGAAAUGGGCGCACUACAAACCGAAGUACGAGUGUCACAUAUGCAAACGACGCAUGGUGACCCAAGAGAAUCUUGAUCAGCAUCUGUUAACGCAGCACGAAAAGAGGGAGAAGAUCGUGUGCGCUGAAUGUGGCAAGACGUUCACUAAGAAGGAUUCGUUCAAAAGGCACAUGGCGGUUCACACAGGGUGCAAGCCACAUUCCUGUCUCAUCUGCAACAAACCGUUCGCCAGGAGGUCCCAGCUGCGUCAGCAUCUGCUCAUCCACACGGGCAAGAGACCUUUCGUUUGCGACAUUUGCGGGAAAGCGUUCACGCAGAAACCUGGAUUGAUAUGUCACAGAAAGACUCAUCCCGGUCCCCAUCCUCCGUUACCCGUCAUGCCGAUCGCGGACAUCGUCAAGGAGUUCACCGAGGGAUACGUUCAAGAGAUAAACGCACGGGAGAACGAGGAGAGGAUCGAAGAGGAGGCGUAGAAUCGUUUGACAGUGUCGGUAUUUCGAAACUGAAACAGAUGAUUACUUAAUUUGUGAAAACUGGGGACUAACGGGUUUCCAUUUGCAUAUCGUUCGGAAUGACGGUGGGAAAAUUUCCGUGAGAGUGGCGGGGCGUAAUGUUUGAUCGCGGAGAUUUGUGCUUCCUGAGACGAGCUGGUUCGUUGAAGAAUUUAUUGGAAAUUGAGAAAAUAGUUUUGGGAUUUAGUGUAAUUUGAAUUCAAAUCGAAUAGGGUUGUUUAGAAAUAUGCACGUUUAACAAUUAUUUUGCUUUUUAAAUGAUACUUUUUAAUUAAUUAAGAAAAUAUUUCAGUUUAUUUAUGGACAUUUGUAUGAUUAUAUAAAUAAUAAAAAGUGAUGUACACUCGCGAUCAAAUAAGGCUUCCUUGGAGAAAAUGGCAAUGCCCCUCGCCCUCCUCUUCAUCCAAAGGGUUCCCGACUCCCUCCAUAGGUUUCCCCAUGCACCGAAAUUUCUGGCCCACAUUGCAGGCUUUCCCCUUCCCCGAAAAUUUAAAUCAACGUUUACUUUAUUAUUCGAACUCUUCAAUUAUAUAUAAUAAAUUUUAUGAUAUUUAAUAAUUAGAAAUCAUGUUAUUUUUUUUUUCUAAAUCACUUUGAAUAUUAAUACAGUCAAAAUUAGGAUUGUUGAGAAUUCCUGAUUCUCUGAUAUCGCCAUAUUCCCUGGGAAAGGAAGCUGAUUCGAUUGCGAGAGUACACAUUAAUAUUAAUAUUGUUUAUUUGACAGAAAAGGUAUUCUUCAACAACGAGUCAGAAUAAUAUUUUCCCACCCGUAUUGUUUAUCCAAAAUCAGCUUGAAAUGAAUGAGCAACAAUAAAUAAAAAUAUAAGACAAAUAGAAUGAUGAGAAAUAAUUUGUAAUUGAAAGAUCGAAGGCGUAAUCGCGAACGAUACUUAUUUUUAGACGUCUCGCGUAUUAUUGUAAGUAUACAGUUGUAAGAUGUAUAAUAUGGUAAGAAAGAAUUUGUAAAUUGAUAAUUUACGAAAGAACAAAGAGAGCAUAGGAUUGAAUGUUUGAAUUUCCCUUUUGAUUUGAGAAAAAAAAGAAAAAAUAAUAUUAGAAGUCAAUUUGUAACAAUAUUAUUGUUGAUGAAAACUAUAAUUGAUAUUACACUAUGUAUAUAAAAAUGUUCUCCGUUGAAUACUGUAAAGAUGACAGUUAAACAAUAUGAAAUUCUUUAAUAUGUUGAAUUAACAAUUAAUAAAUCAAUCGUGUAUCAUAUGGAAACUUUAGUUUCUCAACAGUAUUUUGAUAAUAACGAGCUCGUAUAAAAUUAAUUGCUCCAGAAAUGAACAAUUGCUCACCCUUAUAUUAAACUUGUCAUAACGCUAAAUUAACUAUAUUUAUUUCGGUAUAAAGUUGUUACCCAUUCCGAAUGAACGAUCAUUUCCAUCUUUAACCCUUAAAUGGCGUUAAUCGGGUCGUUUAUGACCCAAAUGCAAUUAUAGAUUAAUACUUGACACUCGAAAAAUAUUGAAAAAAUAAUAUCUAACGAAAUGGUAUAAGAUUUUGACAGUGGAUUCAAAAUUAAGUUCACAAAAACUUGAAAUUGUAAAUGAUAUUUUCGAUUAGGAAAGUCUGCCAUUUGAGAAUUAACACUUUAAUGGCUGCUGUCAUGUUUUUAUUAUUUUAAACAUUAUACCCUACGGUAUUAGGUGUACAAGUUAAUUUCGUAGUUUUAGUUUUACACUUUCUUAAUUACUAUUUUAAAUUUGAAUAUUUUCCCGCGUUUUUGCGUAUUUGAAAAGUGGCGCGAAAUAUAAUAACAAUAACGAUUACUUGAAUAUUGGAGUUACCAUGGCUUUAUAAAAAUAAAUUAACAAUUUUGAAAUACAUAUUAAAUGAAGCUUUUGGAUUUAAUUUUAUCAACAAUCAAAGGAACGUAAAAUUACAAAAUUUAUAGAUUCAGUCGAAUAAAUAUUAAACUCUACAAGUAAAAUAUUAUAAAUAAUUAGAAGAACUCAAAAUUACAAAAAUGAUCAAUUUCACAAAAUCCUCAGCCAUCAAAGUGUUAAUAAUAUUUCAACCACAUUGUAUAAAAACAAUUCGUGAAUAUCUUGAUUAAAAAAGCGAGCAUGGAGAACAAUUGCUACCAUCUUGUAUCAUAAAAUUGUUCGAUGAAAUAAUAAUUUAAGUACGAGUUCAUUGAUACGUACACAUUGUGAUAUAUCUCGAUGAUACUUAUUCUCUUUGCGAGCUAGUCCUCCUAAGAAUGACUAUAACAUUAACGUAAGACGAUUCCCUAUAAAAAGAAAAACAGAUAAAUAAUCCCCUUACCUUGUUGCUAGUAAUUUUCGAAGGGACUAGUUGUUAAAUCCUUGAGCGGAGGAAGAAAAGAAAAAGCGCGCCUACGAUCGCUAUUUUUCUAAAAUCGACAAAACCUUAGUCUAAUACUUUCGUAAAGGCACGUACACGCUGUGUAUAGCUUUGAGUUUGAAAUAAAUAUUUUUACUGAG